UUAUAACUUCGAAAUUUUCUUAGCACACGAUUUGUGCAAAGCGCAUUAGUGAAAAUAGUGCAGUGUGAUUCGGACGGAAGUUUCAGUUUACUGUAAAUAAAAUUUUACAAAUAAGUGCACAGUUUGUGUCAAUAAGUUCGCUACUUAUUUGCAUAUUAAAUAAUGGAUAUUGAAAUUUUAUCAACCACAGGCUCCAAAUCUUUUGGAAAAUGCCAAGUGCCACCUACCACUACCAUUGGUGAAUUGCGUUACAUUAUUAAUAAGCAGUAUCGGAAUACACCGGCACCUGAAAGGCAGUCACUGCGCUUGGAGCCCCGUGGCAAAGCACUUAAGGAAACUGAUACUGUUGAGGACGCAAAUGUUGGAAAAUCUAAUAAGAUUUAUAUUAAAGAUCUGGGACCACAAAUUGGUUGGAAGACUGUAUUUUUAGCCGAGUAUGCCGGCCCAUUAUUCGUUUACCUAAUCUUCUAUGCUCGCCCGAGUUUUAUCUACGGUGACGCAGCAGAUACACCAAUGUCUUUAACGGCACAUAUUGCAGCUGGCUGCUAUGUCGUACAUUACCUUAAACGGAUUUUGGAGACUAUUUUCGUGCAUCGCUUCUCACAUGCUACUAUGCCCAUACGUAAUCUAUUCAAAAAUUGCAGCUACUACUGGGGAUUCACUGCUUAUGUUUCUUAUCACGUUAACCACCCAUUAUAUACCAGUCCUUGUUGCUUGCAAGUCUGGGGCUCAUUGGCUGCCUUUGCGAUAUGCGAACUCGGUAACUAUUCUAUACAUAUUGCUUUGCGCAAUUUACGUCCGCCGGGCACAAAAGUACGUCGCAUUCCGGUACCUGAUGACAAUCCCUUUACCAAACUGUUCAACUUGGUGUCUUGUCCCAACUACACUUAUGAAAUUGGCUCCUGGGUAGCAUAUUCUUUAAUGACUCAAUGCCUACCGGCAUUGCUUUUUGCAAUUGCUGGCGCUUAUCAAAUGACCAUGUGGGCUUUGGGCAAACACCGUAACUAUAAGAAAGAGUUCAAAGACUAUCCCAAAGGUCGUCGUGCCAUAUUUCCAUUUGUGUUGUAAAUUGCUAGAAGCAAUUUGACAUGACAAAGAUGUUUAAAAAAUGAACAAAUUACAUUUCCAGUGCAAUAAAACUUGCAUUUUGAUUUAUAUAGAACAUUUACACAAAUUAAAUUAUAAUUGUCAUAGGUGUUAGAUUUAUUUUUAACCCGGUGUAGUUGAUGAUGUUUCGAAAUACAUACAUACUUGCUUAUAUGAAUAUGUAUAAUGCACAAAUUGUGCUUAACUGAUAACAAAUAAUAAUAAAAUGUAGUGGUUUUGUCAAAAAAAAAAAAA